AACGAGAGCCCCACAGUAGGCACGCUGACGCAGUCACAGUCGGACCCUGACACCAGGACCUCGCAGAAAGAUCGUAACCUGGUUCGCAUACGGAGAUAGUAAUGGCGUGCAACAUCCAGCUAGUGACAUCUGUGCUUCUGCUGGGAACUGCAUCGCUCGUCAGAUGCGCCUCAGAAGAUGAAAUACCGUCCUACGUCAAGCAGUGCCACAAGGGGGACCCCAAGAUCGUGGACUGCAUCACUGGAGCUCUGCACCACCUGAGGCCUUACCUCGCGCAAGGGAUCCCUGAGAUCGAGAUGCCCUCUGUGGAGCCGUUCAGAAUGGAUGAACUGUCCCUGUCCCUGACCACAGGGCCCAACGGCUACAAGGUCACGCUCAGGGACCUUGACAUCUACGGCGCUAGUAACUUCUCAGUAUCCGACCUGAAGUUAAGCGACGGCAAUGAGCCCUUCAAGGCGCACAUCAAGAUCCCGGAGCUGAAGAUCAACGCGCGCUACACGAGUAGCGGAGUACUCAUCAUCCUGCCGGCCAGCGGACAAGGCAACUUCCACUCGACUCUCGGCGACAUCAUAGCGAUGGUCCAAGGCACGAUCAGCUCGCAACAGCGGCAAGGGCACAUGUACCUGCACGUGGACACUCUCGACAUCGACCUGAACAUCAAGACAGUGCGCAUGCUCGUUAAGAAGGUCUUCAACAACAACAGGAUACUCACCGAGGCGACUAACCUCUUCCUGAGGGAGAACGGACAGGAAGUGCUGAAGGCGAUGAUGCCUCAGCUACGACUGAAGCUUUCUCAGGUGUUCAAGGGAAUAGCGAAUCAGCUGCUAACUCACGUGCCCACGGACACGCUCCUCCUGCCAGCGAAAGUGUAGUACAGCGGCCGAAAGCGAAUCUAUUAGAAACUUUAAACUUGAGAAAUUCAGUGACACUUGCCGACAGUCGUAAAAGACGUUCAGGUGUGUAUUCAAAGUACCAAGUUUGGCUGAAAGUAGCCGGGGCAGUUUCCCACGAGAUACUGUGUGAAGACACGUGUGCCACGAAAGCAGGCCGACUGCUGACAGUGCAUCCCGAAACGUCGUCACUUCAAAGUGCACGCACGUUCGGUACACAGAAAUUACAGUGAAUGACGAAUAAAUCUGCUUCAAAUCGAA